UGGGUACCAUAGAGUGAGACUGAGAACAGGAAGCGGAGGCAGAAUCAGAGAGGAUUCUGGAAAGGUCUCUGUGUUUUCUUUUCCACGGAGAAUACAGAAAUUGUAAUUCAUUAGUAAACCUUUGUGGAUGGAAAUCUGGGCUAUUUCAGGAGGAGGCAUAUAGUACAUCAUGUUUGAAUGCUGGGCUUUGCAGUGAUUUUUCCUUCUCUUUCAAUCAGGUCAUUCUUAUGCAAGAGGCUAGAAGUAAUUAAAUUUGCAGGAUGAAAACAUGGCACAGGCACUGCUGGUACCACCUGGACCUGAAAGCUUCCGCUAUUUUACUAGAGAUUCUCUCACAGCAAUUGAAAAGCGUUGUGCAGAAGAAAAAGCUAAAAAGCCCAAGCAAGAACAUACAGAUGAUGAUGAUGAAAAUGGUCCAAAACCAAACAGUGACUUGGAGGCAGGAAAGACAUUGCCAUUUAUUUAUGGUGACAUACCUCCAGGAAUGGUAUCUGAACCUCUGGAAGACCUGGACCCAUAUUAUAUCAAUAAAAAAACUUUCAUAGUAUUGAAUAAGGGAAAAGCAAUUUUCCGAUUCAGUGCCACAUCUGCCUUGUAUAUUUUAACUCCUUUUAAUCCCAUCAGAAAAAUUGCUAUCAAGAUUUUGGUACAUUCAUUAUUCAGCAUGCUUAUCAUGUGCACUAUUUUGACCAACUGUGUAUUUAUGACCAUGAGUAACCCUCCAGACUGGACAAAGAAUGUAGAGUACACUUUCACUGGAAUUUAUACCUUUGAAUCACUUAUCAAAAUUCUUGCAAGGGGCUUCUGCUUAGAAGGUUUUACUUUUCUGCGAGACCCAUGGAACUGGCUUGACUUCAGUGUCAUUUUAAUGGCGUAUGUAACAGAAUUUGUAAACCUAGGCAAUGUUUCAGCUCUUCGAACUUUCAGAGUAUUGAGAGCUUUGAAAACUAUUUCUGUAAUUCCAGGCCUAAAGACUAUUGUAGGAGCCCUAAUUCAGUCUGUGAAGAAGCUCUCGGACGUAAUGAUCCUGACUGUGUUUUGUCUGAGUGUAUUUGCACUAAUAGGGCUGCAGCUGUUCAUGGGCAACUUGAGGAAUAAAUGCCUGCAGUGGCCUCCAGACAAUUCUAGUUUUGAAAUAAACAUUAUUUCCUACUUUAACAGCACAAUGGAGGAAAAUGGUACAUUUGUUAAUAUGACAGUGAGCACAUUUAACUGGAAGGAAUACAUUGAGGAUAAAAGUCAUUUUUAUGUUUUGGAAGGACAAAGAGAUGCCCUACUUUGUGGUAAUAGCUCUGAUGCAGGGCAAUGUCCAGAAGGAUAUAUAUGUGUGAAAGCUGGUAGAAACCCCAACUAUGGUUACACAAGUUUUGAUACCUUCAGUUGGGCUUUUUUAUCACUGUUUCGGCUAAUGACUCAGGACUUCUGGGAAAACCUCUAUCAGCUGACACUGCGUGCUGCUGGGAAGACAUACAUGAUAACAACAGCAGCAGUAGCGGCGGCAUCAGUUGCAUCAAGAGAUUUCAGUGGUGUAGGGGGAUUAGGAGAACUCCUGGAAAGUUCUUCAGAAGCAUCAAAGUUGAGCUCAAAGAGUGCUAAAGAAAGAAGGAACAGAAGGAAGAAAAGAAGACAGAAAGAAAUGUCUGAAGCAGAGGACAAAGGAGAUAUUGAUAAGUUCCCUAAGUCUGAGUCAGAAGACAGUAUCAGAAGAAAAAGUUUCCGCUUCUCCACAGAAGGAAGUCAACUGACAUAUGAAAAAAGGCUCACGUCUCCUCACCAGUCUUUGUUAAGCAUCCGUGGGUCUCUGUUCUCACCAAGGCGCAACAGCAAAACAAGCAUUUUCAGUUUCAGAGGUCAUGCAAAGGAUAUAGGAUCUGAAAAUGACUUUGCUGAUGAUGAGCACAGCACUCUUGAAGACAAUGAGAGCAGAAGAGAUUCUCUCUUUGUUCCAAAUCGACAUGGAGAACGUCGCAACAGUAAUAUUAGUCAGGCGAGUGUGUCAUCUAGAAUGAUACCAGCCCUUCCAGUGAAUGGGAAGAUGCACAGCACUGUGGAUUGCAAUGGAGUAGUUUCCUUGGUUGGAGGACCUUCAACUCUAACUUCACCUACUGGUCAGCUUAUACCAGAGGGCACCACUACAGAAACAGAAAUAAGAAAAAGAAGACUGAGUUCUUACCAAAUUUCUAUGGAAAUGCUGGAAGAGUCUGCUGCAAGACAGAGAGCAAUGAGCAUAGCCAGCAUACUUACAAACACAAUGGAAGAGCUUGAAGAAUCCAGACAAAAGUGCCCACCAUGCUGGUACAGAUUUGCCAAUACUUUCUUGAUCUGGGAUUGCUGGAGUCCAUGGUUAAAAGUAAAGCAUGUCGUCAAUUUAGUUGUGAUGGAUCCAUUUGUUGAUCUUGCUAUAACUAUUUGCAUUGUUUUAAACACCUUGUUCAUGGCCAUGGAACAUUACCCAAUGACAGAACAGUUUAGCAGUGUCCUUUCUGUGGGGAACCUGGUAUUCACAGGGAUAUUCACAGCAGAAAUGGUACUAAAGAUAAUUGCCAUGGACCCUUAUUAUUAUUUCCAGGAAGGCUGGAAUAUUUUUGAUGGUAUUAUCGUUAGCCUUAGUUUAAUGGAACUUGGUCUCGCAAAUGUUGAAGGAUUAUCUGUUCUUCGGUCAUUCAGAUUGCUUCGAGUUUUCAAACUGGCAAAAUCUUGGCCAACUCUAAAUAUGCUGAUUAAGAUUAUUGGCAACUCAGUGGGGGCUCUGGGGAAUCUGACCCUGGUGCUGGCCAUCAUUGUGUUCAUUUUCGCUGUGGUUGGGAUGCAGCUGUUUGGGAAAAGCUACAAGGAAUGUGUCUGCAAGAUCUCUAGUGACUGUGAACUUCCACGCUGGCACAUGCAUGACUUUUUCCAUUCUUUCCUGAUUGUAUUCCGAGUGCUUUGUGGAGAAUGGAUAGAAACGAUGUGGGACUGCAUGGAGGUUGCAGGCCAAACCAUGUGCCUUAUUGUUUUCAUGCUGGUCAUGGUGAUUGGAAACCUAGUGGUAUUGAACCUAUUUCUGGCCUUGCUGCUGAGCUCAUUUAGUUCAGACAACCUUGCUGCUACAGAUGAUGAUAAUGAAAUGAACAAUCUCCAGAUUGCUGUGGGAAGGAUUCAGAAGGGAAUAGAUUAUGUUAAAAAGAAGAUACGGGAGUUCAUCCGAAAAGCCUUUGUUAGAAAGCAGAAAUCUUUAGAGGAAAUCAAAGCGCUUGAAGAGCUGAACAACAAGAAAGACAGCUGCAUUUCCAAUCACACUGCCAUUGAAAUAAGCAAAGAUCUGAAUUAUCUCAAAGAUGGGAAUGGAACCACCAGUGGUGUAGGCACAGGCAGCAGUGUGGAAAAAUAUGCAAUUGAUGAAAACGAUUAUAUGUCAUUCAUAAACAACCCAGGCCUCACUGUGACAGUGCCCAUUGCUGUUGGAGAAUCAGAUUUUGAAAAUUUAAACACAGAAGAAUUUAGCAGCGAAUCUGAUAUGGAAGAAAGCAAACAGAAACUAAAUGCAUCGAGCUCAUCAGAAGGCAGCACAGUUGAUAUUGCUCCUCCUGGAGAGGGCGAGCAAGCAGAAAUUGAAAGUGAAGAAUCUCUUGAACCAGAAGCCUGUUUUACAGAAGGUUGUGUGCAGAAAUUUCCAUGUUGUCAAGUAAGUAUAGAGGAUGGCAAAGGAAAAACUUGGUGGAAUCUUAGAAAAACCUGCUACGGCAUAGUUGAGCACAACUGGUUUGAGACUUUCAUUGUAUUCAUGAUUCUCCUCAGCAGUGGAGCACUCGCUUUUGAAGAUAUAUAUAUUGAACAACGCAAAACUAUCAAGACCAUGCUGGAAUAUGCUGACAAAGUUUUUACAUAUAUUUUCAUUUUGGAAAUGCUUUUAAAAUGGGUAGCAUAUGGUUUUCAAAUAUAUUUUACUAAUGCCUGGUGCUGGCUGGACUUCCUGAUUGUUGAUGUCUCAUUGGUUAGUUUAGUAGCCAAUGCUUUGGGCUAUUCUGAACUCGGUGCCAUUAAAUCGCUACGGACAUUAAGAGCUUUAAGACCUUUAAGAGCCUUGUCACGAUUUGAAGGAAUGAGGGUGGUUGUAAAUGCCCUUGUAGGAGCAAUCCCAUCUAUCAUGAAUGUAUUGCUGGUAUGUCUUAUAUUCUGGCUUAUCUUCAGCAUCAUGGGAGUAAAUCUGUUUGCUGGGAAAUUCUAUCACUGUGUCAACACCACAACUGGUGUGAUGUUUGAUGUCAGUGAUGUCAACAACUAUACUCAGUGUGAGGAGCUCAUAAAAAGCAAUCAAAGUGCCCGAUGGAAAAAUGUGAAAGUAAACUUCGAUAAUGUAGGAGCUGGAUAUCUUGCUCUGCUUCAAGUAGCUACUUUCAAAGGAUGGAUGGAUAUUAUGUAUGCUGCUGUUGAUUCACGAGAUGUAGAAGACCAACCUAAAUAUGAGGACAACUUGUAUAUGUACCUCUAUUUUGUCAUCUUUAUCAUAUUUGGAUCAUUCUUUACCUUGAACCUGUUCAUUGGUGUCAUUAUAGACAACUUCAACCAACAAAAAAAGAAGUUUGGAGGUCAGGAUAUAUUUAUGACAGAAGAACAGAAGAAAUAUUACAAUGCAAUGAAAAAACUGGGAUCCAAAAAGCCACAGAAACCUAUACCGAGGCCAGUGAACAAAUUCCAAGGCAUGAUAUUUGAUUUUGUAACCAAACAAGUAUUUGACAUCAGCAUCAUGAUAUUGAUCUGCCUUAACAUGGUCACAAUGAUGGUAGAAACAGAUGACCAGAGUAAAGAAAUGGAAACAAUUUUAUCCCGGAUUAACCUGGUGUUCAUUAUCCUUUUCACUGGAGAAUUUGUCCUGAAAUUGAUUUCACUUCGCCAUUACUACUUCACUAUAGGCUGGAAUAUUUUUGAUUUUGUGGUUGUGAUUCUCUCCAUAGUAG